CGUUCGUCAUUCGUGAGUCCUCGGUGCCGGUCCUCGCAAUAAUAAUAGUCCACACACAGUCACAUGGUCGCCGCCGCCGGUCUUUCACUUUUCCCGCGUCGGCCGUUGCGCUCUGUUCUCCUCUGCUCUCUGCUGCAUAGCGCGUCUGGUCGGCACUGCAGCCCUUAGAUUUCUGUCGGUCGUCGCCAUUCCAACAGAAAUCGCUUUUUGACAAUAACGCCACCGUCCGCUUCGCUCGGAAGAUUAAUCAAGUGAUACAAUGGCUGAUUCUGCAGUAAAAAACGAAUCAAAUUCUACAGAAAAUGAUCAAUUGUCAUGUUCAACAAGCUCAUUAACUCCUGUUAAUAAUGUACUGACCAACAACUCUAACUUAGAUGAUAAAUCUAAAUCAUUGCUUAAAGUUGAGUCUCCUGUACAAAAAGUAGAACAAAUUAACAGCGUGGAAAAUGWAUCUCUUAUAAAACAGAAUAUGGAAGCUGUGGAACCCAAACCUCCUUCUCCUAAUAAUGAAAAAAAAAAAGAUUUUGAAAUUGGUGACAUCGUUUGGGCCAAAAUUGGUAGAUAUCCAUUUUGGCCUAGCAUUGUCUGUAUUGAUCCAGAAACUAAUGUGUACAUUAAAGGAUCACUUGAAAAUAAAAGACAAUUUUCAUUACAUGUACGAUUUUGUAAUGAUCAUGGCAGAAGAAGUUGGGCCAAAACUGUAGAAAUGUAUUCUGGAAAAGAAGCAUUGCUUUCAAAAUAUCCCAAUGGUUUAGCAGUUUAUAUAGUUAAGUUAGAUGACAGAAUGACUAGAUUUGCAAGAUCAAAUGGUUUGACUCGUUCUAAAAUAAGUGGUUUGGGUCCCAAAACAAUUGGUUUGGGUCCCAAAACAAGUGGUUUGGGUCCCAAAACAAGUGGUUUGGGUCCCAAAACUCAAAAUGCUCCCACUCCAUCUACAUCUAAGGCUCUUACACCUCAAGAAUUUUUAGCAAUGCAAAAAGAAAAAGCUCUUAAAGCAGCAUCAUGUCAACCAAGUACCAGUGGUUCUCAAGGGAAAUGUGAAGCUAGUACAAGUGGUUCUAACAUGCGUCGAUGUUAUGUCCAGUUAAAAGAUAUAAAAAAAAAAAAAUCUAAGAGCAAACUUAUUGAAGAUGAAGAAGAAAGGGCUGUACCACUACCAAAAGUCACACUACCAUUACCUGAACCACCAAAACCUAAACCAAAACCUGCUAAAAGAAAAUAUGUUGAUUUAGAAAAGAAACAGUUAAGAGAAGCUUUAAAGAAAAAAAAAGCCAAGAGAGCAUUGCAAGUUAAAAAAUAUGGUUUCUCUUAUUCAUCGUCUGAAUUUGAAAGUACUGAUGAUGAAGCUGUACCGUUAGUUCCUUUCAAUCCAAAUCGAAAGGUGUUGGAAUCGAUUAAAUAUGCAGUAGCGAAUUUAGAAUCAGAAGGAAUGCAAAGACAAAGAGAAAAAAGAAUCUUGAUUAAAGCUAUAAGACUGGCUGAAAGAAGACAUUCUAAGAAAAAUAAAGAGGAAGAGGAUGAWGAAGAAGAAGAACAACAAAAAGAUCAAAAACCAAAGCAAUAACAAUAUUUUUCACAUUAGUGAAGAAUAUUCAUAAUUGGUAAUUUAAAUAUAUUAAUAUAAAAACACUGUACAUAUGAUCAAAGAAAGAAUUUAAAGGAAAACAUUUUUAUUUUUAGCACUAUGAUUAAGAAUUAUUAUAUUCUACCUUUUAUAAAGUAUGAGGGAGUUUAAAUACUAUUAAGAUAUACAAACAGUUAAUAUAUAGUUAUUUAUUAUUUGAAAUUAAAGGUGCUAACUAAUAACAAAAAAAAAACCUGUAACUUGUACCACCAGCUUAACUUAACUAUAUUUAUUUAAAAUUCAAACAAAAUGAAAAUUAAUUAUACAURCUGUCAUUUU